GAAGCGUACUUCCAUUUUCUCGUUCCUCUCGACGAGUCGUGAGCACGUGUUUAGUUACCGGUUGCAUUGUUCUAGAAUUUUCAGUUUAAAAUUUGACACAAGUUUUAAUAAGGCUUUGUCCUAUUCUAGAGUUAUUUCAAUUUUUUUUAGAAAUCACCAAUCAAUAUGAAUCCUGAAAAAUUGAAGAAAUUGCAAGCUCAAGUACGAAUCGGUGGAAAGGGAACACCCCGUCGUAAGAAGAAGGUUGUGCACGCAACUGCAGCAACUGACGACAAAAAACUUCAAAGUUGUUUGAAAAAACUCUCUGUCAAUACAAUUCCUGGAAUUGAAGAAGUUAAUAUGAUUAAAGAUGAUGGAACUGUAAUUCAUUUUAAUAAUCCAAAAGCUCAAGCGAGUCUUGCUGCCAAUACAUUUGCCAUUACUGGCCAUGGGGAGAACAAACAAAUAACUGAAAUGUUACCCGGAAUUUUGAGCCAACUUGGACCUGAAGGUUUAACUCAGUUGAAAAGAUUGGCAAGCACCGUUGCUGGCAGCGGAGUUGGCAAAGCUUCCCUCGAAGAAGAUGAUGAUGUUCCAGAUCUUGUGGAGAAUUUCGAUGAAGCCAGUAAAGAAGAAGUGGCACUGAAGAAAGAACUUGAAGAAAUUGUCACCGAUAAAUCGGCAGAUGAUAAAAAUGAAACCCCGGCGGGGAAUGCUGAAGAGAAAAAAGAAGCCCCAUUAGCCAAGGUCGAAGUCUAAUGAUGUGAUGAGUGUAUACAGUAUGACUUUAUAAUUUUAAUGAUAACUUACAAAAAGUAUCAACUAUUCAAGCCUGACUAUAAAAAAAAAAAAAAGAAAAAAACAUUGAAGAAGAUAAUUUGUCCUCUGCCAUUGUUUACCCCCUUCCCCCUGCUGUAUUUUGAUUCCCGUUUAUAUUUUUAUCAAUUUCUUUUUAACCGCAUUUAUUAAGAAAAAUGCGCGUUUGAAGUUACACGCGCAUAACGUACAAUUAUAUUUUGUGAUGCAAAAAAAAAAAUCCGAUAAAAUGAAAAUAAUUAUGUCAUCAAAAAAAUAGUAAAUCAUCAAUUGCAUUUGAUUUUUCAAACAAUAUAUUUAUCAAGGAAAAAAAAAUUGUUACUAUGUGUAUAUCAAAAUAAUCUAUUCUUUUUUGUAGUAAUAACAAUGAAAAAAUAGUAGAUAA